ACAGUUCCUGCAACUCCAACUCUAACCCAUUAUCCCAAAUCCUUGGAUCUCACUCAAGCUUCUCUCUUUUCUACCUAAACCCAUGAUCCGUAACCUGGGAAGAACAACGACAAGAAGAAGCAGCAGCAGCAAGAUUACAUAGACACCAAAAGAAAACUAGUUAGUUUUCCCUUCCCUCCCAACAUGGGUUCAGAUCCUUUAUCUGCAUUGACUUCAACAAAACCAACACCAAUUCCAACCCAAGAUGAACAAGACUCACCAUCAUCAACAGCUCUUCUAUCUUUCAACACUGAUUCUUCUUCUUCUUCUUAUCCCGCAUCAUCCUCUUCCCACAAACCCCUCUUCAUCUCUCUUAUCAUCAUCACCUGCAUUGCUGUCUCAGCAUCCUUUGCCUUUGCCUUCCUCUUAUUCUCUUCCUCAUCCACUCACACCCAAGCUUCCAUCAACGCCGUGGCUCGUCCUCUCACAAAGCUCAAGCGCCCUGUGGUCCUUUUGGUUUCCUCAGAUGGGUUUCGAUUUGGGUACCAAUUCAAGACCUCCACACCCAAUAUUGGCCGUUUGAUUGCAAACGGAACCGAGGCUGAAACAGGGUUGAUUCCGGUUUUUCCAUCUCUAACUUUCCCAAAUCAUUACUCUAUUGUUACUGGACUCUACCCUGCUUAUCAUGGCAUAAUCAAUAACCAUUUUUUUGAUCCACUCUCUGGGGAAGCGUUUUAUAUGGGAAGCCAUGACCCCAAGUGGUGGUUGGGGGAACCCUUGUGGGAGACUGUAGUCAACAAUGGGUUGAAGGCUGCUACGUAUUUUUGGCCAGGUUCUGAGGUAAAUAAAGGUUCUUGGACUUGCCCUGUGAAUUAUUGUAGGCAGUAUAAUGGUUCUGUUCCAUUUGAGGAAAGAGUUGAUACGGUUUUGAAGUAUUUUGAUUUGCCUAGUGAUGAAAUUCCUGAUUUUAUGACACUUUAUUUUGAGGACCCUGAUCAUCAGGGUCAUCGGGUUGGAGCUGAUGAUCCUGAGAUCACUCAAGCUGUUGCUAGAAUUGAUAGCUUGAUCGGGAGGUUGAUUAGAGGGUUGGAACAAAGAGGGUUUUUUGAGGAUGUUAGUAUUAUUAUGGUAGGUGAUCAUGGAAUGGUUGGCACAUGUGAUAAGAAGUUGAUUUUCCUUGAUGAUUUGGCUCCUUGGAUUGAUAUACCGAAAAAUUGGGUCCUGACCUAUACUCCAGUACUUGCAAUUCGCCCACCUCCUGGUAAUGCUCCAUCAGAUGUUGUUACUAAGAUGAAUGAAGGAUUGAGCUCGGGGAAAGUUGAUAAUGGGAAUAAUUUGAGGGUGUAUCUGAAGGAAGAUCUACCCAGUCGGCUUCAUUAUGCAGCAAGUGAUCGGAUUCCGCCGAUAAUUGGUUUGCUUGAAGAAGGUUUCAAGGUUGAGCAGAAGAAAACAAAGCGCCAAGAGUGUGGCGGUUCACAUGGUUAUGACAAUGCCAUUUUCUCCAUGAGGACCAUUUUCAUUGGACACGGUCCUCAAUUUGCAAGAGGGAGGAAGAUACCAUCAUUUGAGAAUGUUCAGAUUUAUAAUUUGGUUACCUCUAUUCUCAAGAUAAAGGGUGCGCCUAAUAAUGGCUCUGCCUCGUUUUCAGAGUCUGUUCUUCUAUCUGGUGCAUAAACCUAUGCGAGUGCUUUUUUAUGGUUCACAGCAUUGCAGCUAAGGAAAACUAGUAAGUUGCAUAUUUGAUUGCUAAGCUGCUUGAUAAUUUGCUCUCCAGGAGAGAUGCUCAGAUCAGAAAUAUGAACUUGCAGAAAGGGAUCCCUAGAUUAGUUAUGUGUAGUUGCACGUAAAUAAUAAAGGUACUUCCAUAUAUUUGGUUCUGAAUUUGUUUGUUAUGAGCUCCACAAGUAUAGGGGAAGUAAUAUAGGAUCGCAGGAUUUUGAUGUUCUUGAGAUAGAGUGAGAUCCCCAUUUGGAUCUCUAACUUCUUCUCAUGUUAUACUUCAUAUCUGUGAUGUUUCUUCUACAUAGACUCUGGUUAAUUUCGAUUAGUAUUCUGCUGGAACUAAACUGUUUCCUUCGAUUUUUUUUUUUCCAUUAAUGUUUAGGGUGAGGGGAACCUCCCCACAUUCCAAGUGAAGGGUUUUAUAGGG